GAUGGCUGCGGGCAAUAAUGGAGCGGUUUUUUUCUUAGGAAGCAGAGCUCAUUAUGAGGUAUUAGAACCACCAAACAAUUAUGACAUCGAAAAUGGAAAUACAUCGACAGAAACGAUUUACCAAAACCAAUCAGUUGAGGAGCUGUGGCCAAACGAACAGACGAAUAAACAUUCAGCCGACUUUGACGCUAAUUAUAACCCGGAAACGAUAAAUUGGAAUUAUUGCGAUCAAAAUAACACCGUGAUAUGUGAAGCGAAUAUGCCAGUGAGUUGUGUGAAGCGUCGCAUCAAACGUCGCUCGAGCGAGACUUUGCUUUGUGAUGAAAAACCGACUAUAAUGAAUGCCGUUGAGCAAGAUGAACAUUCAAAAUCAAAACCAUCUUGCAGAGUAUCUAUCCUCUCGUUCUUGGCGUCACUCGCGCGCAGGAAGCGGAACUUGGAGUCGGAGCAAGUGCAGUAUCUGCAACAUUUUGAAUCUGCGCUGACGAGCUGUACGUACAGGGAGUCGUGUCGGUGUCUGGAUUGUCAGAGUCGUUAUUUUGAAUGUGAGGAAGAAAGUGAUGAAUACAGCUCUGAUGAUGAUUAUGCCUCAUACAGUCCACAGGACGUCGCUAAUCAGGCUAUCAUAGAUUUGGAUGAUGAUGUGUUCAUUACAACUACUUCCGACAAUGACAAUACAUCAACAGAUCUUCUGUUAGACGAUCAGCAGGAGGAGGAGGAGCAAUCGGUGCAGGAGGUACUGGAAGACGAGGACACAGAUAAACAGCUGCAAAUGGAAGUGGCAGCGAGCACAUCUGCCAUGUUCAACAUACUUCUAUACCAUCCAUUUUCAUGUGCUAUACAAUAAGUGAUACGACACACCAGAACAGAGGAGACUUGGAAACGGCAUGGCUAUGUGUUCGUAAUUACUGAAAUGACGCUCCUAUUUCGAUCUCAGAUAUAAAGACUGAGUAUACAGAAUUUGAUGUCAUUUCCGUCUCCCUGUUCUGAAAUGAUAAAUAUUUAAUGGAAUACAUUCACGUGUUACACUGUAGCUGUCCAUCACGUACGAUGAAGAUUUAUAAGUCACUGAAAUAUUCAAUUAGUUAAAUAGAUAGUCAAAUGCAGACGCACAAGACGUUAUUGUUAUGUAUUAAGUAACUUCCACACGUAGGACUCCUUCAAUAACUCUACUAAAACGAGUGUUCAUAUUCGGGUUGUCCACUUCGCAACUAUUGAGUGAUUUUCUUUCAAAAUACUAGGCCAGUUUGAUUGGUAGUUUAUUUGCUAAUAUUUCUAUUUCACUUCUAAUUUCCUAUAAAGCCUGCGCCUGAACUCUCUCCGGUCGUUUAGGAUUUGACCCAUCGGUCCCAUCGGAUCGGAUCGGAUUAUGAGAGUCAGGGUGUGAUUUAGUAUUUGUCCACCUGUGUACGCACACACUAGUGCACUAUAAUAUGUCCUGUAGUUUGUAGAUCUUCCUUGCCACCCUGAUCGAUUCCGCCGAAAUCGGUGAGGACGACAUCACGACCUAUAAAGCUUAGGUAGGCGAUAAUCCAAGAGUUUAGUAUUGAAGUAGCAUCUUUUUAAUCACCUAGGCAACCUUUAACCUUAGCGCUAUUGAGGUUAUAUACUAUAAAGGCAAUAGGCUAAAUUAAAAGGACAGUUGAUUAUGCUUGUGCGUAUUACUGUAUUAUAUAAAUAUUCUUCUUUAUUAAAUGUCUUUAGAUUUUAAGGUAUAUGCUGUUAAAUUGCGGUGUAUGUUGUUAUAACCUUAGUGCCUCUACACUGGCUCACUCACCGUUCAUAUAGUUGUAGUCUAGUGAGCAGGUGGUACCAAAAAUGGGGCUGAUACUUGAUUUUAUUAAUAAUAAAUGUCUGAAUUUUACUGGAUAGAAAUCUAGCUGAGUUCUAGGAGAACGGUUUAUUGAUAGUAUGGAAUUGUAUUUAUAUUGAUUCAUGCUGGUUAUCGUUCGGUUCACGUUUUGAUUCGGAUUAAAGGCAGUUAUAGUUUUGCAACACGCUUUAAAUAUAUUUUAAGGUUAAAACGAUAUGUAGUUAGAUGUAUGGUAGCUGAACACAAAACAAAUUCUAAAUAUACAGUAAUAAUAUUAAUAGUUAUAGACGUCAUUAGUGUUAAUAUACAAUCAUUUUCGUGACCAUUUAAUAUUCACGUCAUAUAUUAAUUAAAACAGACGCCAUUGUUCUCUUAGGUUUAAUAAACUCCACGAUGCCAUGUCUGCUACACACUAUGGUUAACUGAAUAUGGUUUUUCACUCUUAACUAUCAAUGAGAGAUGGCAUUAUUGGAAGUCCUAUUAUUUUAGUUCAGGAACUCUGUGCAAAAGUAAAAUCACCAAAAUAUGCUGUUAUUAAGAAGUUUCUAAAUAGUAAUAGGCUUAGAAGAUUGUUCCUAAUAAACAAAGCAUUUAUUAUUAAAAAUAUAUCGCUUGCUAUUUGAUCAUACUAAUAAUAUUCUUAAUAAUAAUUAAAUAUUUAAAAAAAAUUAAAUAAUAUUACUAAAACAAUAUUAAAGUAUGACGCUAGGUUCAGAUCUUCGUCAAAUAAAUGGUAUUUAAAAAUAAUUCAAAUACUAAAGACAGCUAGUAAGCAUUAAAAUCAUCAAUAUUUAAAUUAGAAUUAUUUGUUAAUGCUUAUCUGUACCUGCUUUUAGAAAACAAGUGUUAUAAAAUAAAUAUAUAUAUAUCGUAGACUUUCCUUCAUUGAAGUUAUAAAAGAAAAAUGUGUAAUUUGCCACUUAUUUUGUUAGUUCAUAUAGAAACUACUGAAAAUAUAAAUUAAAAAUGUUUGCUUGUAUGAAAUCAAUAAAACUAUAUUCAGAAAUUAAAUUUCAAUUUAUUUGAGAUUACAUAAUUUCCACAAAAUCAUAAUAUUCCAGAUUAGAAAAUUGUAACUACACUUUAUUUUUUUUUUGUUAAAUAUUAACAAAAUUAAACCCUUCAAAGGCUGUCAUUGGCGACAAAAAACAAACAGUUACUUCUUAAUUAUACAAAAUCUACGCUUUCUUUUAAUUACAGUGUUUAUGGCGGUGUACAGCUUACAAAUAAACACAAUACAUUUAUUAUUACAAAACAAAAUUUAGUAUGAAUUACAAGUAACUAUUAAGCUUCUUCCACACACACCGAUUUUGGCAUAAUUCAACAAUAUUUUCUGUACAUAUUUUCAUCAUAGAACCAUAUUAUCACCGCCAAGAACAUGUCUUAUCUUAAUGUUAAGUUCCAGUGUAAAUCUAGCUUAAAUAUUAAUUUACAUUUUCCUAUCAAUGUUAAUUCUCAACGAGAGUUUUCUAAGAUGUAUGCGAGAUUUUAAAUUUAAACAUGACCCACAGUGAUCUGGCUUGUAUAAGUGAUACGCAAUGAGCGGUAACUUUAGCGUGUCCGUACAAGGCCGAACGUCAUUGGGGCUGCCA